CAAUCGGAGGGGCGGCGGCGGCUGAGCGAGCUUCCCUUUGUUCAGCCAUUUCGGGGUCCUCCGCGCUGUCGGGUGCGGAGCUGCGGAGGGAGAGGACCGGCCGCUCCCUCGCCACUCCCCUUCCCCGCCGCCGGGCUCUGGGAUGGUGUGGGCUCCUGGCGGCGUGGGACGCACAGGGGGAAGGCUGACGGCGGCGCCGGCGGGCCCGAGGCAGCCCGGGCGGGCGGAGGCGAGCCCGGCACUAGGACCCAGAAGACGCGCGGAGGCUCUGGCAAGAUUACAAAUUGGUCGUGACUCAGUCUGUCGGCGGGUGGCGAAGGGAGCAGGCAGCCAAGAUGGAGUACGAAUGGAAGCCCGACGAGCAGGGGCUCCAGCAGAUCCUGCAGCUGCUGAAGGAAUCGCAGUCCCCGGACACCACCACGCAGAGAGCCGUGCAACAAAAACUAGAACAACUCAAUCAAUAUCCAGAUUUCAACAACUACCUGAUUUUUGUUCUUACGAAGUUGAAGUCUGAAGAUGAACCAACACGUUCCUUGAGUGGUCUCAUCUUGAAGAAUAAUGUAAAAGCACAUUUUCACAACUUCCCGAAUGGGGUAACUGACUUCAUCAAAAGUGAAUGUCUGAACAACAUUGGUGAUUCCUCUCCCUUAAUUAGAGCUACCGUAGGUAUUCUGAUAACAACCAUUGCUUCAAAAGGAGAAUUACAGAAUUGGCCUGAACUUUUACCAAAGCUUUGCAGUCUCUUAGAUUCAGAGGACUACAAUACUUGUGAGGGUGCAUUUGGGGCUCUUCAGAAGAUAUGUGAAGAUUCUGCUGAAAUUUUAGAUAGUGAUGUAUUAGAUCGACCACUCAAUAUCAUGAUACCUAAAUUCUUACAGUUCUUCAAGCACAGCAGUCCAAAAAUAAGAUCUCACGCUGUUGCAUGUGUCAAUCAAUUUAUCAUCAGCAGAACUCAAGCUCUUAUGAUGCACAUAGAUGCAUUUAUAGAGAAUCUUUUUGCACUGGCUACUGAUGAGGAGCCUGAGGUACGCAAAAAUGUUUGCCGUGCUCUGGUAAUGUUGCUGGAAGUUCGCAUGGAUCGUCUUCUUCCUCAUAUGAUUAGUAUAGUUGAGUACAUGCUUCUAAGGACCCAGGACCAAGAUGAAAAUGUGGCUUUGGAGGCCUGUGAGUUUUGGCUGACUUUGGCUGAACAGCCCAUUUGUAAGGAUGUUUUAUGUCGGCAUCUUACUAAGCUGAUACCUGUGCUGGUGAAUGGUAUGAAAUAUUCCGAGAUAGAUAUUAUUUUGCUGAAGGGGGAUGUUGAAGAAGAUGAAGCUAUUCCAGAUAGCGAACAGGACAUAAGACCUCGUUUUCAUCGUUCACGAACAGUAGCUCAGAAACAUGAGGAAGAUGGCAUUGAAGAUCGUGAUGAUGAUGAUGAUGAAAUUGAUGAUGAUGAUGCUAUUUCUGACUGGAAUUUAAGGAAGUGUUCUGCUGCUGCUUUAGACGUUUUGGCCAAUGUAUUUCGUGAUGAACUUUUGCCACACAUCUUACCCCUUUUGAAGGAAUUGCUCUUCCAUCCCGAAUGGGUAGUUAAGGAAUCAGGUAUCCUUGUUCUUGGAGCAAUUGCUGAAGGCUGCAUGCAGGGUAUGAUUCCAUAUCUUCCUGAGCUGAUCCCUCACCUUAUUCAGUGCCUCUCUGACAAAAAGGCUCUUGUGCGCUCCAUUACAUGCUGGACUCUUAGUCGCUAUGCACACUGGGUAGUUAGUCAACCCCCAGACACAUACUUGAAGCCAUUAAUGACUGAGUUGCUACAGCGUAUCCUGGAUAGCAACAAGAGAGUACAAGAAGCUGCCUGCAGUGCCUUUGCUACUCUAGAAGAGGAGGCUUGUACAGAACUUGUUCCUUAUCUUGCAUAUAUACUUGACACUUUGGUCUUCGCAUUUAGUAAAUACCAGCAUAAAAACCUGCUUAUUCUUUAUGAUGCUAUAGGAACUCUAGCAGAUUCUGUAGGCCAUCAUCUAAAUAAACCAGAAUAUAUUCAGAUGCUCAUGCCCCCGUUAAUCCACAAGUGGAACAUGUUGAAGGAUGAAGAUAAGGAUCUCUUCCCUUUAUUAGAGUGCCUGUCGUCAGUUGCUACUGCCUUGCAAUCUGGCUUUCUUCCAUACUGUGAACCUGUGUACCAGCGUUGUGUAAAUCUAGUGCAGAAGACCCUUGCACAAGCCAUGUUGCACAAUGCUCAACCAGACCAAUAUGAGGCUCCAGAUAAGGACUUCAUGAUUGUGGCUCUUGAUUUACUCAGUGGUUUAGCUGAAGGUCUUGGAGGCAACAUUGAGCAGCUGGUAGCUCGGAGCAAUAUCCUGACACUGAUGUACCAAUGCAUGCAGGAUAAAAUGCCUGAAGUACGACAGAGUUCUUUUGCGCUGUUAGGUGAUCUGACAAAGGCGUGUUUUCAGCAUGUUAAACCUUGCAUCGCUGAUUUCAUGCCCAUUUUGGGAACCAACCUAAACCCUGAAUUCAUUUCUGUGUGUAACAAUGCUACCUGGGCAAUUGGAGAAAUCUCCAUUCAGAUGGGUAUAGAGAUGCAGCCUUAUAUUCCAAUGGUGUUGCACCAGCUUGUAGAAAUAAUUAACAGACCCAACACACCAAAGACAUUGUUAGAGAACACAGCAAUAACAAUUGGUCGUCUUGGUUACGUUUGUCCUCAAGAGGUGGCCCCCAUGCUACAGCAGUUUAUAAGACCCUGGUGCACCUCUCUCCGGAACAUAAGAGACAAUGAGGAAAAGGACUCAGCAUUCCGUGGGAUAUGUACCAUGAUCACAGUCAACCCCAAUGGCGUAUUCCAAGACUUUAUUUUUUUUUGUGAUGCUGUUGCAUCGUGGAUUAGCCCAAAAGAUGAUCUCCGAGACAUGUUCUGUAAGAUUCUUCAUGGGUUUAAAAAUCAAGUUGGGGAUGAGAAUUGGAGGCGUUUCUCAGACCAGUUUCCUCUUCCCUUAAAAGAGCGCCUUGCAGCUUACUAUGGAGUUUAACCUCGUGCAUUGUAGCUGCAGUCCCAUAAUUAGAGGUCCUUCAGUCUGGGAGACUAUGAGGGAGCCUCUGCACCCAGGGAAAAUGUUACCCUUUACUGGGGGGAAGGGUAAACCAGUAGGGAAUACAGUACAAUCCCAACCCUACUGGGAGGGGCGGGAGGGAGGUGUUGCCGUCACUGUAUUAAGUCGAUGUUGGGAAAUGUUUUAACAUCUGGAGCCUUUGUGGGUGGAAAUCUGUCUCCUAUUACAACUCUGCACUGGAUGUGAAGAAGAAAAAAAAGAAUCUUUUCACAAAACAGCACAUUCUGGAAUAUUGUGGGGAUUUGCACCAAAAUAAGAACCAUAUAAUUGAACCAUAGGGAUAAGUAAAGAGGAAAACUAUUUUGCGCACAAUAAAGGAAACCUAAGAAUGGGGGUCACAAACAGUAAAAGGCUUUUUUUUUCUUUUUUUUUCUUUUUUUCUUUUUUUUUUUUUUUUAGUAAGGAUUUUCUACAUUAUUUCAUCCUGCUUGAUGGGAUUCCUAGGAAUUUGCAUGUUAAUGAAGAACUACACAAAUGAAGUUAGUACAGUUAAAAUGCAGCUUGUGUCUGCAUUAGGAACAGGCACUUGCAGUAUAUGAUAUAGAAACACCAAUUAAUUAGGGUUUACUUAGGAAAAAUGAAGCAACCUGCAAGCUGCCAAAUGAAUCACUCCUUUCAUUUUUGGGGUAAAGGGAGGGACACUUCAAAGGAGAGAUUGACAUCUUAAUUUUUACAUUAAGAAGAAUUUAAGGUAGUGGAUAUGAUUUGAUUAUUGUACUUCAUUAGAUUUAAUUUCUAGAGUAAGGCAUUAUUCUUAACGUGCAGUUUAAGGUUCAGGCAUGCGUUCUGGCUCAUAGUGAUCAGAAGUAAUUUAAAUUAGUGGGGAAGUAGCAUGCUUGCAUCACAUAGAGUGAAAUUGGUAUACAUUUACCUAUGUUGCGCCAGUUUUGUGUUGCAGUUUACCAAUUCAGUAUAGCCCUGCAUUUAAAGUUCCUUUUCUAAGAUUCUGUGGAUUUUAUUUUUAUUAAGAAUAUAGAUAUAAAGUACUGUAGUUAACAAUUAGGCCUUGAAAUACCUUUUAGGAUCUGUUAAGAAUAAGAUUGAUAUUGUAUUGUGUGUAACCUGCACAAUGUGGAAAGCUGAUAUAGCUGUGCAAAAUACUUGCCUCUGUGCUGUCAGUGUGAUGUGCUUUCUGCAUGGUUAUAUACUAGUGAUUUUAUCAGAAUCUCUGAAAAUGAGUUACAUGGUAAGACCUGUUAAAGGCUGCAUAAAUGUUAGUUGGCACGUAAAGACAGUUGUAGAAGUUGAUGACAUGAUUGCUAUAUUUGUGUUUAUUCCCACUCAACAUAUUAUCUUCUAUGCUUUCUUUUUGUUCAAAGCAUGAUCUUAAUGAGAUGUUUAAGUUAAUGGAUGUAAUAAUGCAGGGUAUCUACACUGUAUCGGCGCAUGUUGGUGGCCCUUUGUGAUGUAGUUAAAUGCACAAGGGUGCAAGUUUAAAGCUACAGAGUGAAAGUUGGUUUGGAUCCUCUUCAUUUCAUUUGUUUAGCUUUUCUGUUGUGUUUUUUUUUUCUCUACUUACAUGUAUUCCUGUGAAUAAAUCCUUGUUAAGUUAACCCUUUACUUUUCCUUCCAUGUGUAUUUUCUUAUGUACUGUGAAUGUGAAAUUCUAACUGGUACACUUGAUCUUGUGUCCAUCUGAAAGUGGCAAGUCUUUAUUAAUUUAGAUUGCCUAAAGAGUAUCCCAUGAUGAUAAAGGAAAAUGGAGAGAUUUUUAACUCUGCUGGUCAGAGGUGAAGCCACACCUUUCCAUUUUUCAAGUGCUGCAUAAUUAAUCCGCAAAACAAAAUUAAGCCAUAACAGCCUUUUUAUAGAUUUAGUUUCUCACCUUUGCAUUGCAGAAUGGAUACUGGAUAACAGGUUUUUUUCUUUUGUUUUGAGUUUUGGUUUUGGUUUUUGUUUUUUUUUGUUGUUGUUGUUCUUUUUUAAAAACUUAUCUUCUUUGCAUGGUUCUAUUCUCUGAGUGCUGAAUGAUUUAGCUAUUGCACUGAAGCUUGAACUGUGUGAGUGUGAACUUAAAAAUCAUGUUUAGACAGGAAAUUUUUUUUCUUAAUGCAUGAUAGCAUGAACAUUUUACAUGCACCUCCACCCCCCACUUUGUUCUUUUUACGCUUGAAGUUUGGACAUGUACUGUAUGAAGUACAUUCAAUGAUGCUAGUACGUAGUAUUUUUUGCAAAAUUGCAUGUGAUAAAUUGCUUUCAAAUUACAUUGCUUUUUAGCAAGUACUAAAUUUCUUCUGAACUAAUAACUGAAAUAAAUUAGAAAUAGUUUUAGUCACUGGAAACAAUUAAAAACCCAAUUCUAGAAGAAAUAAUUUAGCAAGAUGGGGUAUUAUUUUAGACCCAAACUUGCUUUAAUUUUGAGUGUGUUUAAGCAUUAGGUACGAAUUUCAGAGAAAUGGCAUUAAAAAUUUCAUAAAAUAAAAAACAACUAAGUAAUAUAUAGCAUUAUGACUAGAAUCUGAGGUUAGUUAAACUUAUUAAAUUCAAGAAAGCCCCUUUAACCAAAUAAAACCACCUCAUCUCAGAUUCAUUUAGAAUACCACUUUUGUACAUACAUAUUUUAAUAGGUAUUUGUACACAUGUGAGCUGAUCUGGCAGAACAGCAAGUAAAGUAAUUAAAAUAAGGCAGGAAUUAACUUUACUGGCAAAGUAGUCUUUUGUAUCAGUAAGUUUUUUCAUGGUAUGUUUAAAAGCAAAUAAACCAUAUUCUGUAUGCAUAAUAUAGUGCAGGAAUUUGCAGAAGCCAUUUAAGGUAUAAUGGGAGGUAAGAAAAGUUCCAAAUCUGCAUUAACAGUUAUAAUUCCAUUAUUGCAUCAUGGGAUAUAUAAAAAGCAUCUUAAUUCUUGUGGUGUAGUCUUGACAGUUUUUGAAUGUUGACUGAAUGUUUAUACUGGUAGAAUUGUGAGUUUGUCUUUGUUACAUUCCAGUGUUUUCUGCCUCUUGGCAUGCUAAAAGCACGGCUUACUUCAUUUGCUCCUUACACACUGAAUAAAGUGCUGUUAGUGUGCUAAACUACAGAAAUAGCCGCUGCUAAGUAAUGGUGUAGAUUUUCUACUUGAAUAUUUUUGUUGUAGAAACCUCAGGAGGUCAGUGUUUACUGUUUUUAUAUAUGCCUUUCUCCUGUUUUGAGUUUCCCUUUUUGAAGGAUUCUAAGAAUGAACAAAAGCUGCUGAUCAACCUAAGUUGGUAACAGAAAGUAUAUUUAAAAUCCUUGUAAAAGCAUCUUUUUGGCAGUUCUAAAUUGAUAUUAAAUUAUACUUAAGUAAAGUUCAAUUCUAAAUUUGCUUCAUUACACAUUCAGGAAAUUGUUCUUUUCUUUUAGGAAAAAAAAAAGAAAAAGAUUACAAUAGUUCAUUAUUAUAACCAGUGCAAGCAAAAAUAAUCAAUUUUGUAAUUUUUUUCCAAAGCUUGAUUAUUUUCUAAAUCGAUGAAUAUGUAUAUAGUUAAAUUGUAAUGAGCUGAUUCUUAUGCUUUAGUUUAUUGCUCGUUAAUGCUUGUACUCAGAAGAUACACUUCUAGGAGAAUGGGUUUAAAAUUUAUAAUCAUAAUUUUUUAAAGUUACAAAGUAGCAUAAUUUUGUAACUAACUAUAUUGAUACACUGUGAUUUCUUUUUGUUGUUGUUUUGUUUUGUUAGGACUUUUAUGUUAGCAUCAAUCUUAAUUAAACUGCAUAUAUUGUAUAAUAGUAAAAUGUAUAUUUUAAAACUUCAAGUGGCUUUCCUCAAGCGAAACUCAUUGCUACUUAGGAACACUCAAAUACUAGCUUUAUCUCAGGUGAAUACUCUUGUACCCUUUUUGUUCAGAACACAUGCUUAUAAAAAUGUGUCUUAAUUAUAUCAGUUCAUGUAUUUCAUGGUAGGCAGCUUCUCUGUCUUAAACUUAAUCUAAAUUAACCUUCUACUGUGGGACAAUAAUGACUUUUGCUUCACCUAUUUUAUUCAUAUUGAAUGUAUUAACAGAUAAAGGUGCAAAAACAUUCUUCCCUUGAGGAGAAUGCAUCCAUAUUCAAACAACUGAAAUAUUUCUUAAAAAAAUGCUUUAAAUGCAACAUUGUAUUGGAAAUCUUUUGUUUCAGAUUUUGUCAAGGAAAGAACUUGCAACUUAACACUAAUUGCUUCAGUACUUUCAUGGGGAUAAUAGAUGCAUAAAGCUUCUAUAUAGGGUCUGAAGAGUAACUUUUUAUCUCAGAUAAAGGUUAAGCUCAGCAGUGAAAUGACUGCCGUAAAUUAAAAAAUAAGAAAAAUAAAAAGUCUUGCAGUUAUCUCACAUAGAUGCUGAUGUAAUUUGCAUACGUAUUUGUUAUGUAUUACAUAAAUAUUUCCAGUAACCUCAUCUUGAGUAAAUGAAGCUUGAUCAGUAGCUGUGUAUUGCACUCACCUAUGCAUUCUCCAGAUGACUUGCAUCCAUCAGUCUAGUAGGUGUUCUUCUCCAAUAGAAGCUGUUUUUUGUCUGUCACUGAUGCUUGUUCUUUGCACUUAUGGUUGGAGCAAGCCAGUUUUAGAUUAUUUUAAAUGGGGAAACUCUGAGGUGAGUACUCUUGUUGCUUGCCUUAUGGAGUAUAUUCUGUUAAAAUAAUAAGGAUGCUUACUCACUUGAAUGUAUGUAUGUGAGGGAAGUUAAAAUGGCUCUAUAAAAUAUGUAUCCCUUUGUGGUGUUACAGUAUACUUUUUAAGUAAGCCAAAUCCACAUCUCUAAGAAUUCAGCACUUAUAGUAUCGUUUUUCUAUAAUCAAUUCUAUUGUGCUACUUUCACCUUAGGUAUCUCUUUACUUACGUUAGGUGAGAAACAAAACAGAGAAGGCCUGGGUGAUUUUUUAUGGGGAUAUUUAAAAAUAUUAGUAUGACUAGGUAUAUUUGGCUGGUGAAGUCUUCAGUGUAAUAUUAUCUUUUUUCAUGGGAGUAGAUAGGUAGGUAUGUUGUAUGCUGUCUGACUUACUAAUACUAAACACUUCCAAAAUCUUAAAUUGGAUGCAGUAUAUGAACAGUUUUAAAGUGAAAGAUGACUGGAUCUUUCUGCUGACAACUUAGGUUGUAUGUUUUGCUUGAAAGCUUUAAAUCUGAUGUUUCUGUAUCAGCCACAAUGUUGGAAUGUUUCCUUCAAACAUAUCCUGCAACUUCUCAAACUGUACUAAAUUGAGUGAUCUUUCUUGAAGUCUGCCUCUGUGCUAACAAAACUUCAUUUUGAAUAGAAUAUGGUUUUAAUUUUUGAUAAGCUGCUGAAUUUUAAAGAGUUUUUGGGGCCACCAAAUAUUUUGGAUCAUGCAGAGAAUAUAUAUUGUACUGUAGUAAUUUUGUAUUUACGUUUGUAUGAUGUGACAUAAUAGAUGUGAAUGUUAAUCACUGCUUGACUAUGUUAAUAAAGUUGUUUAAAUAUAGAUCUUGCAUUCCAAUUUUUAAUGAAAAAUGAAAAUUUUGUGUUUUGUUUUAUAUUUCCUGGGCCAUAAGUGCACUCUUUCAGUUGAGAUAUGUUAGUUCUGAAAUUUGCUCUUUAAUUUAGAUGGAUUUUCAGUUUAUCCAAUCUUUUUUCAAUAAGUUUUGGUCAAUUCAGUUUAAAUGCUUUGUGCCUCCUAGGGGCCGAUCAGUGCAGACAUAAUAGGUUUACCUGCUUGAAUUAGUUUCUUUUGGGUCAUAAGAGUUAACUGCUUUACUGCUGAGAAAUUACGUGAUGAACUCACUUUUAUUUGAAAUAGCAGAUGUUCAGGAAGGGAGUUUGGGGCGGGACAGAUGUCAUGACUCGUUAUCAAUAACCUGAAUAAAAAUAGCAGAAAAGUGAAAAUUAAUAAAAGUUAAUCAAGACUUUCAAUGAAACCUCGCAGUGGACUUAAUCUAAUUUGUCUAGCUUUUAUAGGAAUGUGAUCAUACAAACAAUUUAAAGAUCUGGUCAUCCACGCCUAUAACUUCUUGAUACAAGAGUGUAAAAAGAAAGCGUAAGAUUAACAGUGAAAUCCAGUGGGGCAAAAUCCAUAUAGGUUGAUUUGAACAACUCAUGCUCAAUAUUUCACACCUUA